UAGCAGCUCAAGUUAGGUUCACGUGGUGUUCGACACCCGGAAAAACGAAUAGUGACAGUCAAAAAGACACUAGGAGGCACUUUACACCGAAAAGUAUCGUUUUUACUCAGCUAUCGUUCUACUUGAGAUGAUACAAGCGUUAAAAAGCGUCCGACUCAUGUCAUCGAGUUCCGUGAAACAAGCAGUUUCAGAGCUCUCUGUCCCGGUCCCAUGGGGAGAGAUCCGGGGUAAAGUGUGGGGUCCUGAACACGGCAGCCCGGUUCUGUGCCUGCAUGGCUGGGCUGAUAACUGCGGCACCUUCAACACCCUUCUCCCUCUGUUACCCAAAGACCGCAGGUACGUGGCCAUGGACCUGGCGGGUCACGGCUGCUCCUCCCAUCGUCCUCCUGGCGUUCUGUACUCCUUUCCCUCGUACGUGUUGGAUGUUCGCAGAGUCGUUGAAGCGCUGCGGUGGACCAGAUUCUCCAUCAUAGGCCACAGCAUGGGUGGAAACGUAGGAGGAAUGUUCAGCGCUCUGUAUCCUGAGAUGGUGGAAUCCCUGGUACUCCUGGACUCCUACGGUUUUUUCCCCACAGAGACGAAAGAAAUGUCCCGAGUGUUGAGGCAGGGGCUGGACGAGAUGAUCGAGUAUGAGAAAACCAUGGAGGACAAGAAGACAAGAGUUUAUACUUAUGAGAAGGCUGUUGAAAGGCUGAUGGUUGGAAACAAGAGUUUGACUGAAGAGUCUGCAAAAAUCCUUCUGGAGAGAGGUUUAACUCAAGCUGAAGAAGGGGUGAUGUUCUCCAGGGACUUUCGAAUAAAUCUGAAAAACGUAGUCCGCAUCAGUUUGGACCAGAGUCUGGAGCUGCUCUCCAAGAUCCAAGCUUCUGUGCUGGUGGUGCUAGCAGAAGACGGCUUUGAGAAGAUGUUUUCUGAUUCAAAACAGAGCAAGUUUACGUCGGCACUUCUUCAAGCCUACAGGGACCGAAAUCAUGCUGUGGUGACGGUUCCAGGCGACCACCACGUCCACCUGAACAAUCCAGAGAACGUUGCUCCGCUGCUGUCGGACUUCCUCCAGACCAAAGUGCUCCCACAUUCAUCCCAACUGACAGAUGGUCUGAAUUCUAAGUUAUAGCAAACGCACACAAGGAUCAGUUUUUACCCAUAAAUAAUGCAUUUUUUAUUAGAAAUUGUGAGAGUACUAAUAAAUGCACAUGCUGUGCUGUUUCGCUAACUUUGGUGCUAAAAGGUGAAUCUUGGAUAAAGGAAAAAGUUGCUUAGAGAAUUUUAUUUGGAUUCAGUGGUUAAGAUGACUUUUUUAACCAAAAACAAUAGAAAUAUGGUAAUUUGUCCUAACAUCACUGUCUUCUGCUGGGCAUUUGACGUGUUAAGCUCAUGGUGUUCACACUGAUGUUCACACUGGACAAACAGGGAGGGGCUUCUUCUUUUUCUGAUUAUGGUGAUGUUUGUGGAUGGGAGGAUCGUACUGCUAGAAUCUCAUGAUGGCCUCCUUAACAGGUGCAGAUGGGUGAGGAGACCCUCAGUGUCUGGACACCAGGUGUCUGCUGCUCAACCACCUGGACAUAUUUAGGAAAAAACUUGAAAAUGGAUAACAGGAGCCGAAAGAACUUAUCAAAGUUUGUCAUUGUUGUACAGCUAAAUCAAAGAGUUUACAGUUAAGAAAUUAAUAUUUGGAGUUUUUCUCUUCUUUAGAAAACAAUAUAGUUUUGUUUUACAAAUUAAGAAUUACAUCAAAUUGUACAAUUUUUGAACAAAAAUGUCAUAUUAAAUCAAUCAGAUUUUCUAUUUUUUUUAUAAUAACAUUAAAGAUUUAUCAAAAUCAGCUCAAUUCUGAAUUGCUCUGUUUGACUUUAGUGCCAAAAUGUUUUGGACUUUGUUAACAUAUUUUUAGUUUUAUAAAGAAAUCUAGAAUUAUUUUACUUAUAAUCUGAGUAGUAUUUUGUAUCACUGUCCCUCUAUGCAGAUGAUACUUUGCUUAUGGAACAUGUUAAAAACAUUCCUAACCCUUCAGCUUCAACUUUCAAGGAUUGGUUUCAGAAUAAAAACUCUUCUUAAAUCUUUGUUUUUUGAUGAACACACAUGAUGCUUAUCUGUAAAAUAUAUAUAUAUAUAUAUAUAUAAAUAUAUACAAACUGUAAUAAAAGGAAACCAUGAUCUGUUUUUUCCUCUUUUUAAUAAAUAAACUCCAAA